GCCCUGCUCCUCUGCUCCUCUCUCCCAGCAGGCACUGCAGAGAGGCACAUCCGAAAUGGCAAACAGAACUAACUCCACACAUUCUUACUACAGCUAUGAAUACUACAUGGACUACGUGGAUCUUCCACAAGUAGAUGAAAGGAAGUUGAAGGCGAACAAAUAUUCAAUCGUCAUUGCUUUUUGGGUCAGCCUUGCAGCAUUUGUGGUGCUUCUCUUCCUAAUUUUGCUCUAUAUGUCCUGGUCUGGCUCAGUUCCAAUAAGGGGUGCCCGUUCACACCGUAAAUGCCCAUGGAAUUACAUCAACUUCCUCUUCUUCAUCCAGAAGGCCAGAAGUCAUCAAAACAGUCCCAUGAGCCCCUUGCAGUCUCAGGGUCAAAUCAAAGAACUAGAAGAUGGCAGUUCUGGCAAUGAGCAAUCACAGGGCAAUAAUUGCACCCCAGAACCUGUUCUAAUCAAUGAUGGUAAUCCUUUCCCAGAAAAUGCAUCUCAUAAAGCCCUGGUGGUUCAAGUUGAUAGCACAGUUGAAAAACAAGCAAGAGAUCCCCCCUACCAAAGCUGAAGGUAGAAAGUACGAAAGAGUAACCUCGUGGUAUCAGCAAAAGGAACAGAACAAAUCAGCCAACCUGGCCCUCUGCUUUUAUGGUGGCUAAAUAAAAAAAAUACCAUUUAGGUACAGUCACAGGUAUAGCCAGGUCAGAAUUGACUAUGAGGAAGACAAGAGCCUGUUAUUGCAGUCUUGCAAAUUUGAGAAUGCUGCUGACUGUAUGUAGGAUCUUUAAGUAGGUGAGUCGAUGUCUAUAUAUCUCCUACAGGAGAAUGAACUCCUAAUGAAAAUUAAAAAGCGACUUCAUGAGACUUUUGUGGACAUUCACUAGGGUGAGGGUUAUUAUUCACAGAAUGUACAAACCGUAUCUAGUCUGCAACAGAGGCACAGGGUAACCUGAUCUGGCUCUCUUUCCCCACUUUGGCCUUUCUUGAUGUUGGAACUUUCAGCCAUUACUUCAUAAUGGCAGUCAGGCUCCUAUUCAUCCUUUCUGUCAUCUAGCAGCAACCUUUUUCUUACAAAAUGCACUUACUACCUCAGCACCAUAAAGUUGAGUCAGUCUCUGCCUGAUAAGUGAGAACGCCCAAGGCCUCCUGAAAGAAGGCUGAAGGAAGUCUCUCCCCU